GGCACAUCGAUCACUCUGCUAUGAGCAAGCAGGAUGAAGCCCUAUCUCCCAAAUCUGAGGAGAGUUCCCCUACACCGCAGUCUUUAUGGGAUCGCAUUUACACCCCAGAGCACCUAUUCAUGAACGGAAUUAUGACGUCUCUUUCGAAGAAACUUAUAUGCUUACACCAAAAGAUUAUGCAAGCACUAUCUAUACACUGAAGCUUAUCAUCGCUACAGGUGUUGUGACGGGUUAUGUAGCACAACUUUUAGAUCUUCCUAGCUUAUUAGCCAUGCUGCUCACACGCAUCAUUCUCAGGAACUUCUGUGAGUCCCUCAUUAACGUGUACGUAAUAAACGAAUGGAGCAUGGUUUCACGUCGGAUUGCUUGCACAGUGAUUCUCCUUCGUGACGGUUUAUCACUUGAUGCUAACGCCGUUCGCAGGCUUAAGACUUCCUCGUCACAUGGAGCAGUACUGUUCACAGCAAGGGUGCAUGUUUGCGAUGAACCGUACAGUUUCAUUUAUUGCAAAGAUGGUUUUUGGGAUGGACAUACUCUUCGGUGUAGCUUUAGGCGCUGUUUGGGAGCUGUGUCACCUGCUGUAGUUAUCCCUGCUCUUUUGGAUGCCGGCAAGGCAGGUUACGGAGUUCGAGCUGGAGUACCUUCUGUUGUGAUUGCUGCUGCUAGUCUGGAUUACGUAUAUGCCAUCACUAUGUUCAGUCUUAACUAUCACUCAAUUUCCCAACAGCUCUGGCGACUCGCCGCUAUCGACUAUCUUAUGCGCACCCGCAGAAGUUUUUGCUGGGGUUUUCUGCGGAGCUAUGGGUUAUUUUUCCACAUAGUGCCUCGAAAAACAGUGGAGAAUCUCCACUUCGCUCGUCUUUCUCUUUUAUUCUCUUUUUCUCUGGUAUUUUUAUUUGGAAAGCAAGAAUUCGACUUGGUGGGGCGGGUGCUAUUACACUCCUCAUUGCUGCGUUUGUUGCCGGCCAUGCUUUUAAGAAAGAGAGGAAGAUUUACUAGCCCUUAUGUGGUAUCAUGUUUUUCACCUCUUCUGUUUGGUCUUAUCGGCUUGGAGCAUCUUAGUUUCGAUCAGCUUGAGUACCAUGUUACCUGGAGUCUUGGUGUUAGCAUUUGGUCUCGUUUUUCGAUUUACUGCUUCGUUUUUUGCGGUUCGGUUCGACGCUCACAAUGAAAGAACGUUUUUUUGUCGCUAUCGCGUGGAUGUUAAAAGCGAACAAUGCAGGCAGCGCUGGCCCCUGUUAUUUUGGAAACAGCUAGAUCUAGAGCGACAUCAACUUCAUCUCAAAUAGAAAAUGGUAUCCUAAUUUUGACCAGGCUAUAUUGAGCAUCCUCAUCACUGCACCUAUCGGAGCUCUUUCUAUACGCUUAGCCACUCCAGUUCUUUCGAAAAAAAUGAGAUUUCUGAACAAGAUGACAACGCUGAUGAGGUUAUGCUUGAAAUGAAUUGAGUACUAUAUAGCUAUCACAGUCACGAUUUUAUAACUAUUCUAGGUUUUUCACAAUAUUCUCCUACCUUACGUAACUUCAUCAAGUUGGCAAGCUGGUGCACACUUUUAUUGUCAUCCUAGUAGCUUCCUUAUUUUGUUGCAUUUUCGUCUGCAAUAUCAUCU